CAGCUCGUGACAGCUGAAGUGUCAGGUUGUAGCUGAGCCAGGAUGAAGAUCAUUGCUCUCCUUGCACUGUUGGUGACUCUGUUCCAACCAGGAUACAACAACAGCCUGGACUCAUGUGCGGAUCGCUGUGGUUAUGGAACAGACAAUGAUUUCUCUUGUCAGUGUAACCCGUCCUGUGAGCGUUACAGAGACUGCUGCUCUGACUACACUGAGCUCUGUAAAGGUGAAUCCACAUCUUGUAAAGGCAGAUGUGAUGAGAAAUACAACCCUGAUAAUGAGUGCCACUGCAACUCCAAGUGCCCCCAACACAACAACUGCUGCAACGACUACUCAGACCUCUGUGACAGUGAUGGAGGAGGUGGAGGCGGUGAUAUCACUGAUGCUGAUAUCAAGGCUCUCUCUGAGGCGCUCUACGCGAUGGACUCAAACAAAGCUUCAGCCUCUCAGCUGAUCCUCGAUCCUCAAGCUCUGGUGCACGACUCUCAGACCGGUUCCCAGUCAGACCUCUCCUCCAGACGGUUGUUUAAAUACCUGGAUGAGCAGGCUUUGUUUUCGAGACCUACCUUUGCUGCUCUGCUGAAUGUGCUUGACAACUACAACAGGAUGACAGGGCAGACAGAGGAUUUUAGUUCUCAGCAGAUGACUGAGCAGGACAACUUCCUGAGGCAGACCAUGUCCAACACUGAGCUGGGCAGGGAGCUGUUUGCCUUCCUCUACACCAAGGGCGUCUAUGCCUCAGAGGAAGACUUCAUUCAGGACCUGAAGAUGAUGUGGUUCGGUCUGUACUCCCGAAACAACAACAAGAUGGACUCCAGCGGAUUUGAGCACAUCUUUGCAGGUGAGGUCAAGGGUGGAAAGGUGUCUGGUUUCCACAACUGGGUCCAGUUUUAUCUCCUGGAGAAAAGAGGGAAGCUGAACUACUACAGCCACAGCUUCAACGGGCCUUGGACCACUUACCCUGAUGUUUUGGGGAUGCAGUUCAAGUGGGACGGCUACUACAAGCAGGUUGGCUCUGCAGUGAUCGGCUGCAGCCCUGAGUUUGACUUUGCCUUGUACAGCCUCUGCUACAUCACUCGCCCAGGGAAACAGUGUCGUCUGAGUCUUGGCGGUAAGGAGCUCAUGAUCCAAACUUACACCUGGGAUAAUUCUUCUUAUGGUAAUGGGAAGAAGUUCAUCGGCUCUGCCUUCCCUGCAACCCCCAGGAACUGAAGCUGUCAUCGGCAAACAAUAAGAAACACACAUAGGAGUCAUGUUUCAUUCAAAGCAUUCCCACUAUGAAAACUAUUGUCAAUUUAGAAAUAAAACUUCAGAAUAUCUUAAUUUCUGUCCAAAAGUUUCAAUAGAACAGUCAGAAAUAAUCUCAGCAACAAGAACAAAAGUUCUCACAUUCAGAUGCUGCUCAUUCUGACUCAGGCAGUUGCAUAAAUAAAACAGUCCAGCAGGCAGUGGAUUAUCUGCAGUGUAACCUUUCUACAGAACAAGGGAAUGCGCUGCUCUCCCAUGGGCACGAUCAAACUGUGCCUAAUGGGGCAAAAAAUGGGCGUUUACACACCCUGAGUGGGUACAAUACUGACACCAGCUCCUCUGUAGUAAGAGCAUGUGUGCAUGUGACACAAUUACUUAUUGUCUUUAAAGGGAGCAAAACAAAACAAUAAAAAAUACACAACCGCA